UAGUGGCAGCAGCCAACACAAGUGGGUCCAGUCUCUCCUCGUAGCUCUGUACAAACUAGCCAUUUAUCAUCAAUCAUGGCCGCCGGAGUACAAAUUUAACUCCUGUGUUUCCUCCCUGUCGUCUGGAGGGGAGGAUUUUUGGUUUGAGGAGACACAAUAAUAGUCCUCCACUGAUUUUUGGAUUUCCUAUUGGAAUGACAAUACAUCUCGCAAGGGAAAUACCAUUCAUGUCAAUAAUACUCCAAAAUGCAGCCGCCGCCGAGGAAGGUCAAAGUGACACAGGAGCUGAAGAACACACACGCAGAGCAGAUGACAAGACUGCACUUUAAACACCAGACUGAAUGUGACCUGCUGGAAGACAUGAGGACCUACAGUCUGAAGAAGGGACAGCUGGAGAGGGACUAUGCACAGGCUCUGCAGAAGUUAGCAAGCCAGUACCUGAAGAGAGACUGGCCUGGAAUCAACCCUGACGACCAGAGAACAGACUACAGAAAUGUGUAUGCAGUGUGGAGGUCGUACUUAGAAGGAACCGUACAGGUCAGCCAAUCCAGGCUCAACGUGUGUGACAACUACAAAAGUCAAGUAUCGGAGCCCGCUAAGACUGUUAGACUCUACAAGGAGCAGCAACUCAAAAAGACCAUAGAUCAGUUGAGCGGCAUUCAAGCAGAGCUGCAGGAGUCGGUGAAAGAGUUGGCAAAAGCCAAGAAAAAGUACUACGACUGUGAGCAGGUUGCCCACGCCAUACGGGAAAAGGCCGACAUAGAGGCCAAGUCUAAACUGGGUCUCUUUCAAUCAAGAAUUAGUUUACAGAAAGCAAGUGUAAAGUUGAAAGCCAAGAGAAGUGACUGUAACUCCAAGGCAACACACGCAAGGAACGACUACUUGCUAACGCUAGCUGCUGCCAAUGUGCACCAUGACCGUUACUACCAUACAGAUCUACUGCACUGCAUACAGGCCUUGGAUGGCAGGAUCUAUGAACAUGUGAAAGACUACCUGGUAGAGCUGAGUCGUACCGAGCUAGAGGCAUCGCAAGCCUCUCACAACACCUUCCAGUUCUUGUUGGACAAAUCCACCAGGGUAAUACAAGAAUACAACCAGCAGUUGUUCAUGCAGGAGAACCCAGUGUUUCACAAAGCACACGACUUCCAGUUCCAGCCCAGCGAAUGUGACACGAGUCGACAGCUGGAGUCGGAGACGGGGACGACGGAGGAGCACAGUCUGAACAAAGAGGCCAGGAGGUGGGCCACCAGGGUUGCCAGAGAACACAAGAACAUCAUACAUUACAAGAGAUGUCUGGAGGAGUGUGAGAACCAUGGCUUACCCCCAACAGAGCAGGGGAGACUAGAUCUGGAGUUAAAGAUAGAAGACACCAAAGAAAACAUACGCAAAGCUGAGACAAUAAAGUUAAAAGCUGAGGCUCGGUUGGACCUUCUGCGACAAGUGGGGGUCGCUGUGGAUACCUGGCUGAAGAGCGCCAUGAACCAGGUGAUGGAGGAGCUGGAGAAUGAACGUUGGGCCAGCUACACUUCUCAUGAUCCCUCACUUUCGGGCACAGUGGAUUUGGAGCGUGAGGAGGGAGAAGAGUGUGAAGAGAACAUGGAGGUUUUUGACGACAGCAGCUCCAGUCCUUCAGGAACCCUACGAAACUACCCGCUAACCUGCAAAGUCCUGUACUCAUACAAGGCCUCUCAGCCGGACGAGUUAACUAUUGAUGAGCAGGAGAUGUUGGAGGUCAUAGAGGAUGGCGACAUGGAGGACUGGGUCAAGGCUCGCAAUAAGACAGGUCUCAUCGGCUACGUCCCGGAGAAAUACCUGCAGUUCCCGACCUCCAACAGUCUGCUCAGCAUGCUCCAGUCUCUGGCUACUCUCGAUGCCCGAUCCCACACCUCGUCCAAUUCCACUGAGCCAGAGCUACACCCGGGCUGCAUCAAUGGAGACACAAACAUCAUUUAUGUCCGUGCACUUUAUGAUUACGAUGGCCAGGCAGACGAGGAACUCUCCUUUUCGGAGGGAGCCGUGAUUCGUCUGUUGAGCCGCGACACUCAGACGGACGACGGCUUCUGGGAGGGGGAGAUCAACGGACGGGUGGGUGUCUUCCCCUCCGUGCUGGUAGAAGAUCUCACUGAGAAUGGGGAGACCAGUGGAGGAGGGCCUGGUGACAUACAGAUUUCUCCUUCUGUGAAGCUGCCAUGUUCUCUGCCACCUCUCCCGCUGUAUGAACAACCUCCCAUCAGCCCUUUCACCAGUCCAGAAAACUCCACCCCGCCUCCUCUCCCACGCUCACCUUCCACCGCACUUAACGGGGAGCACAAGCCUCCACCGCCUUCCUCGUCACACAAGGGACCCAACAACAAUCAAAGCUCUGGCAAGAGUCCAGUGUCUCCAGGAUUUCCUCAGCCACUGCGAUUCACCCCUGAUGGAGGCCCAAGCAAACUUCGACCUGUGCGUGCUGCUCCUCCUCCACCCAAACAGCACUCCCGCCGACCACAAGAAAAGAGUGACAAGACGGAGGAGGUGGAGAUCACGCUGGUGUGACAGACAGUUAAGCUGGCUGGCAGAAAGGAAUUAAAACAGAUGACAGACAGAUGCAUCCUAGAGGCUGGGAAACUAAACUGCUCUGAACUGAAUUCAGCUCAAACAACAUGAUGUGAAGUAAACUGAACUGAACCACGUCUGACGCCCACCCUCCACCCUCUCCACCUCUCUUAUACUCAAGUUGAGGAGGAGAGUAAAGAGAGGGGAUGGAGGCAGAGUGUCCAAAUGAAUAAUCUACGUAUUAGCUUCCUAAUGAAGUGCAGCUGUAGCCGCCCCCACGCGCCCCUCAACCCUCCCCUGUCCUUUCAUUCUUGCCUUAAAACUUUACCUCAUCGGGCAGCAGACCAGAGCACACUGAAGAGGAGGACGAAUGUUUAGAGACGGGGGGGGGAAAGGUAAUGAUAGGCUUGGCAAGUUUUUCUUUCAUCUUGUUAGGUUUACUUCAAGACAUUGUACUGAACCGGAUGAGCAUUCUGCUAAAUGUAGUAAAGAGUUAAAGACUAGCCAAAUAUAAAACUGGAUACACCGUGCCAGUUUUACUUAAUUCUAAAUUUGAAAUGGAUUAUUUAAAGAAAUUUACAAGGUUUUUCAAUUUGCUUAUAUUGGAGCAAACUGAGAUGACUGUGUGGCUACCUAGCCUAAAUGAAAACACUGUUAGCUAAACACUUUGAGCACAGCUAACCACCCACAGUAGCUGAAGCGAAUAACCCAAAUUGCUUACUUCAUAUGUCUGUAACAUCACUGUUUACACCCUGCUAACGGUAGCUAAAGCAUUUUGGUAAAGAAAUGGCAACAAAGCUAGCUAGCUAAAGUAUGAAACUUUGAGAUUUAGAAUGGAAUACAACAUGUUGAGGAUGAUAGAAUAAAAUCCAAUUAUUUCAGCUGUGGUCUUCAAUGAGGCAGACAAGAGACAUGAUGAAGAUUAUAUAUUUUCUUGUAGCAGAGCAAGUAGCUUGUUGGCUACAAUACUUUAGCUUCCGUUAACAUAGUUUAUCUGCUAUUGGUGUAGCAGUAUGCAGUACUGUAUAUUGUUGACAUUUAGUGCUGUAGAUGGUGUAGUUCGGUGCCAAAAAACAGCUUCUGCAUGGUGGCUUGCAAAAACGGCUUGUGCUUUGGGUAACUAGCCACCAGUAUCCUCAGGUAAGCUAGCUAGCCAGCCAGUUGGAAAUGAUAAUAGGAAAAAGAUAAAUAAGCGAAAGUUUGCAGAGAUAAGAACAUUUAAAAAUAAAUUAGUUGAACAUAAAUGAAAGUAAAAUAUAUCAAGUUAUGUUUUUGACUGAUCUCAUAUCUUGUACUAUAGUUUGUCAGUGCUCAAUGCAACCUAAGCUUGAUGAGAGGGAAUAAGUAUAAAACUUGCCAAACGUGUCAUGAUUUGGAUUGAAGUUGGGGUUGAAAUAAAUGGACAGAGAAACUGGGUGGUGUGUGGACGCAGUGUCUCCCCCUCGCCAGCCAUUCCCUCACCAUAUAUAAUCCUUUUCAUCAUACGUAUUCAAUGUGUAUUAGUACAGUACAUUACUGUUGUCAUAGGAAUGUUAUGCACAGCGUUUCAUAUAGACUAACUGAGCUGGUGGAAUACCAUGUCUGAUAUGUAGUGGAAGUUUUAUCCUCAUCUUAUACCGAAAGGGCAUUGUAAAUACAGUAUGAAGGAGGGAUGAGAGAAUUGGAAGAAUUAAGGGGAUGAAGGAACAAGAGAGAAAAAGGAGGCUGGAUCCUCCUCUCUGCUCCACCUCUCUUCCCACCCUUCCUUUCUUUCUCUUCCUCUUUUCUCUAAUGUCGGUUUUGUCCAUGGCAGUCAGUGUGAAUCGAUGGUUAUCAUAAACACACAUCAAGUUACAUUAUAUUACACACACAUUGCUUUACCUUUCAUUCUGUGAGCAUCAGUGAGCUUUAUCACUGGUUGGGUUAGGAGGAGGCUGAUGGUGCGUUCAAAAGCACAGACAUUGUUGGUAUUCACUCUGUGUGGUGACAAAGAUAUUUUUUUGAGAUGAUUUAGACACUGAUCAUGUUGAGGUCAGGAGUUAUUAUUAAUCACAGAAUGAACUGUAAAAGGUUUUAUCCCUACAGAUCAUACCUCCUCUCAUGUUGAUUUUGUUCAUUUGUAACAUUGAUCACUUCACCUAUAACAUAUACUGUAUCUUUUAGUUGACUUGUAUAACAUUCACAGGUAUUAUUUUUUUCUGUUGGCAUGCUAUAAAACAGCAGAAGAAAUAUCCAUAACAACAAAUGGACCUUCCAACUUGUUAUCUUUAUUUUUUCUUUGAUAAACGGUGGUAAAACUGAAAAAUAAAAGCAAAUACAUUGCCCAUAAUGGACAGAACUAGCAAACGACAUUCAAAUGGAGCUAAGUACAAUUGUGUUGUGUUUUUUUUUUUUACUCAAAGUAAAUAAUCUUCCCCCUUAAAUACCCUUCAAGCCUUUAAAACCCCUUGCCUAACGGGCAGCGUAGCACUUUUAUUUAUUUUUACCUUCCCUGGAAAGUAGCAGUACCUUAAAACAGUAUCAACAUGACUAGAAAGACUCUGAUGUAUCACUGCAGUUUAAUACAGAAGUCAGAGUUAUUCUCUUCAUUCUGAUUCUGUGGCGAAUCCUUUUUAUUUCAGUGUGACUGACGACUCUUUUUUAUAUAUAUAUUCUCCAUUUUUCCAAAGAGAGAGAGAGAAUAUUGUGGAAAAUGUAAUUUGGUGUUUUUCUAAACUUAGAAGAAAAAAACAACAUGAUAAUAGUAAGGGAUGUUUGAAUGCAGACUCUGAGAGAAUGUGGUUCUAUGGUCUUUAAGAGGCCCAGCUGUUUGAGUGUGAUUGUUGAAGAGGAGAUCUGUGUUUGACUCUGAAGUUGUAAAGAUGUGUUCCGGUUCCUUCCUCCAUAUUUAUUAUAUUCACGGUUUAAUAGAGCGUUCACAUUGAAUACAUCAGAUUAAAAAUGACAGAAUGGACUUUGAGUUUGCUUGCAUUUCCGGUGUGGUGUUAAUGUACAAUAUUGCUAAAUAAUGCAACACAUUAUAAAAAGGGGACCUCCUCACAGCUGGAAACAAGUACAUAUAAUUGUACCCUGUUGUAAGACAGCUCAAAAUGUGUGAAAAACAAUAAAGGACAGUAUUCAGUCUCUGGUUCUUUCUCCUCCAGAAACAAUCUGAUCUGCGCUCAACGUGAUUGGUUUCCUGUUUGCAAAGUGGAAUUAUGUUGGAUUGAGAAAGCUGAUGCAAGAAAUCAAGACAACACUAGAAACAACAUUGUGUGCAGCAUUCACACCUAACAAAGUUCAGCUUUCUGGAUUAAGUUACAGUUGUGUAUCCAAAGCUCUGCUCCAGUGCAGGUGUAGGGACAGGUCAAGCCCCUCCUACAACUUUCUGAGAUCUAAUUUAAACUUUUUCUUGUUUUGAUUAUAGCAACAUCCCACAGAAGUUCACACAAUAAAAGCUCUAUCAGUCUUUCUUUCAAAUACAAAAUGUAUGACUUCUGUUGCCAGUUACCACUUUGAUCAGGAUUAUUUUCCCUCUCUGACGCUCUCUUUGGUCCACUACAGUGUUGAAUAAUUUGUCAUGAGCCUGUUUUUGGUUUUGAUGUAUUAUAUAAUUAUUUUAUGUUUCAUCCUUCGAUUUGGCACAGCUGCACAGCUGCUGUUUUAAAUGACGUGGUGGAGCAACUGGCCUUCUCUCUUCAGACUGUUGCCAUGGUGACAAUAAUAUGGACAGGUGCAAGAGUCAUUCUGCAUAUUAUUAUUAUUAUUGGCUGUACAAAAAAAUAAAGUUUGUAUUUAUUGUGUACAAAUGUUAAUUAAUAAAAAAAUAUUGAAAGUUG